CUAGAAUUACAGCAUAAAAAAAUUGAAAAAUUAAGGAGAAGAGAAAAACACCUCAUGGCUUUAAACAAGGAACAGCAGAAGACAACAUCAGAAUUUGUUAAGGUGUGUAGAGAACGUGUGGAUGAUAUUUCGAGCCUUAAACAGGAAGCCCGCGCCCAUCUCUCACAAGUAGACCAACUAAGAAAACGUAUGGCUCAAUGUGAGAUGAAGGCUGCGGGAUCAGAGAAAUAUGAGAGAAAAAUCCUGGACCUUCAAAAGAAAUGCAAAGACUUGGAAAGGAAACAUGCCACUGAAAAAAAGAGACGGGAGCAGAAAGAAAAAGAUGUGGAAUUUCUGUCUCGUCUUCAAGGCAAAGUCAAUAGACUGAGCAAAGAAAAUGAGGCCUUGAAGCAAGAAUUAAAGCAAGUGACCACUGAAAAAAACCUAAAAGUAAAAGAACUGAAGGAAAAAGAAGAACAGAUAAAAAAUGAGCUUAGAGUCCAGGACCAGCUCAAAGAAGAGAGGGUCAACUUUGAAAAAAGGACAUCAGAAUAUCUUGUAGAGGCUAGCACGCUGUUUCAAUGUAGAGACAGACUUAAAACAGUGGAGGCACUAGAAGAGAAAUUAAAAGCUGAAAUUAAAACAUGGCAAAAAAAAGCAGAGGAUUUUGAAGAGCGAAAGGACAGGGUCAUUAUGGAGAAAAGCGCAUUGAUAAUGAAAAAUAAUGAACUGUCAGAUUUGCUUUUGGGAAAGGACUUGGACAAUAACAAACUAGUAAAAGAGUUAAAAGGAAAACGAGAGGAAAUAGAAAGUCAGACAAAGGAAGCCUCAAAGCAGCUUUCUAACACGCAACACCUGGAGAAAGUCCUGCAGAUGAAAAAUGAACAAAUAGCCAAACUUGAAAGUGAGAGGCGGGAAUCCUUCAAGAAAAUGACAUCCCAAGAUCAUGAGAUUGUCAGUCUGAGAAAUGCUCUGAAAGAAACAGAACACAGACUAAAAAUACAGAUGACGCACGACGAGUUUUGGAAUGAAAAACUUAAUAAGGAGUUAUCUGAGGCUAAGACCGUGAUCAGUCAAUUUAAGGACACCAUAGAGUCACUGACAAAGGACACAGAACAAAAGAAUAGUGAACGAGAAAUGAUUCAAGCAGAGCUAUCCAAGUCUCAGACCGGGUAUUUUGCUGUGAAAAAUCAACUGGAGCUCAUCAAACAAAAGCAGGCAGAAGCGCAGACGGCACAGGCCAAACAACUUGCCUGUGUCAACAAGGAGCGCAACGUAGUUAAGAAAAGGCUGGUCCAGAUUUUGGCAGACAAAGAAAAGGUGGACAAAGAGCUCACACACUACAAAGAAAUUGUGUUUCAGCAGCAACAAAACAUAAAAGAGCUGGAAACUGAAAUUCAAAUGAGUUCAAUUCAAAGACAAACGAUUGAAGGACAAAAACAGGAAAUUGACCGUCUGACGAAGCAGGUAAAGGACCUGCGUGAGGAGAAUUCCUUAAAGGUUGCCAUUGAGCUGCACAAAUACGCUGCA